AUCUCUCUUCCCCCUUUUCCCUUUCUGCAGCCAAAGCUAGCUACUUCUAAGCUAAGCAACUGCUGUAAAAAUUAUCAUACAAUAAUAGCUAGGUUGAAAGAAAUCGAUGGAGAAGAAAGCAGGAAUCCCCAAAAACAUUAGGGAAUUAGGUGUAAGAGACAUGAAGAAAAGCCCUUCUGAGCAGGCCCUUGCGGAGCUUGCAGAGCUUUUUGGGGGGAAGAAUGGAGGAGGCGAUAAGGACAUUUCUUCUUGGGAUUGGGAAGAAGAUGUAAUGUAUGGGCUUUCGAGUUUCAAUCCCUUGAGUGAUCAUGCCAAUUUCUGGUCUAAGAAAACAACUCCCAACUAUGGACCAGGGGAUGCACAGUCUUCAACAUGUGUUGGCUUUCGAAAUUCAACUAUUAAACCAAAUGGAAGUGACAAUCAAAUGACUGGAGCCACCAGUGGAUCCUCUCACGAACUAUAUGAAGAUGAUGACAUGGAAGCAGAAGGAGGAGAUGCAUGCGAACAAAGCGGGGUCAAUAAUACUGAUGUGAAACGCAUAAAGAGGAUGGCUUCCAAUAGGGAAUCUGCUAGGCGUUCAAGAAGAAGAAAGCAAGAGCAGUUGGCAGAACUGGAAAACCAGGUUGAUCAACUACGAGGAGAAAAUGCAUCUUUGUUCAAGCAGCUUACAGAUGCUGCUCAGCAAUAUAAAGACUCUUCAACAAAUAAUCGAGUGCUUAAAUCAGAUGUGGAAGCAUUGCGAGCCAAGGUGAAGCUAGCAGAAGAUAUGGUUACUCGAGGAUCAGUGAAUUCUAGUUUGAGCCAUCUUAUUCAAAACUGUCUCACCGCACCAGCAACACUAGGCAAUAAUAACGUAUGCCGGUUGGAUAAUAUGUGUUCUACAAUCAUAAGUGUCCCCGAAGGGCUUCAAAGGCUACCAUUAAUCCAGCAGGGGGGGCCAACUCCAACUAUGAGACUCCAAAAUAAUGUUGAUUCUUAUACUGAUAGUAACUUGAAAAAUAACAAUAAUGGAGUUAUGAGUGAAGUUGUGAGCUGCGUAUCAGAUAUGUGGUCCCCGCUCGCUAGCUAGCUAGCUACGAUCGAUCACAACCUCAAUCUAUCUCAAAUUAAACUUAUUGAAUAAUUAAGUUUCUUAGCUUAAUUGUAAUAUUAGUAUUGGUAUUGGUGUGUUACGUUAGUUUAUAAUAAACAAAGUUUGCUUAAGAUGGUGUGGCCUGGCCUAGAAGAUAUUACUGUGUGAUAUAUGUACCUACUUUUGCUACCUUAUAUAUCUAGACUAGACUUAUGUGCACUUGGUUUAUUAUAUAAUAUAAAUGUGAUCAAGGGUGUCUGUGGAAACCAAUAAAAAUACUUAUCGUUUUUUCA